AUGAUAUUCUUUCGUCGCACCCUUCAUCGUUGUUGCGGUAUCCAAAUUGUUGCAAGGCCAAAGAAUCGGCGGCCAUUGACUCUGUCGUCUUCAAUCAUGGCGCCCAAGCGAAAGGCGGCUGUCAUCGACGCGGUCGCAGCUGAAGCCGACGUGGUCGUGUCGACGCGCCGCAAACUGCCGCGUCGAUCUACCCAAAAAUUGCAAGAGCAAGUUAUCGAGACUUUGCCAGUCAUAAAAUCAGAGACAAAGAUCGUUGAAAAGCCGGUCAAGAUCCGCAAUGCGCGCAAGUCGAGAGCCCAAGCCGUCCCCGCAGAGGACGAGGUUGGCGAUGACGACAAGACACUGGUCGUUGAGAAGCCAGCGAAAGUCCGCGCCGCCAGGAAGUCGAAAACCCAAGACGUCGUCGCAGAUGGCGAGGUUGUCGACGAGGAUGAAGCACUGGCCGUCGAGAGAGGCGCCAGACGCCUUCCGCCCGUCAACAGCGAUAUACUGCCGUUACCGUGGUCCGGAAGGCUGGGCUAUGCUUGCUUAAAUACCUAUCUCAGGACAGCCAAUCCGCCAGUCUUUUCUUCAAGAACAUGUCGAAUAGCAUCGAUCCUCGAGCAUCGGCAUCCCCUCCUCGACCCUUCACAGCCCGAGCAUCCCACGAAGAACAGACCUGACAAGUCGAAGCCAGCAGAUCCGGAGCGCGGACUUCGGUUUGUGCAGAGCCUGGGUGUCGCUAAUGCCCAGGACAUCGUCAGGAUGCUGCGCUGGAACGACAAGUACGGCAUCAAAUUCAUGCGCUUAAGCAGCGAAAUGUUUCCCUUUGCCAGCCACGCCGAGUACGGAUACAAGCUGGCGCCGUUCGCGGCCAAUGCGCUCGGCGAGGCAGGCAAGGUGGCGGCUGAGCUGGGACAUCGUCUGACGACGCACCCGGGCCAGUUUACGCAAAUCGGCAGUCCGCGAAAGGAAGUCGUUUCCGCGUCGUUUCGCGAUCUCGCGUAUCACGACGAGCUGCUGUCCCUGCUCAAGCUGCCGCCGCAGCAGGACCGCGACGCCGUCAUGAUCCUGCACAUGGGCGGCACCUUUGGCGACAAGCAGGCGACGCUCGACCGCUUCCGCGACAACUACCAGACCCUGCCGCAGGGCGUCAAGAACCGGCUGGUGCUCGAAAACGACGACGUGGCGUGGAGCGUGCACGACCUGCUCCCCAUCUGCGAAGAGCUCAACAUCCCGCUGGUGCUCGACUACCACCACCACAACAUCGUCUUCGACGCGAGCAGCCUCCGCGAGGGCACGCAGGACAUCGUGGCGCUGUAUCCGCGCAUCGCGGCGACGUGGACCCGGAAAGGCAUCAAGCAGAAGAUGCACUACAGUGAACCCACGGCCGGGGCGGUCACGCCGCGCGAACGCCGCAAGCACUCGCCGCGCGUAAAGGUGCUGCCGCCGUGCGCCCGCGACAUGGACUUGAUGAUUGAGGCCAAGGACAAGGAGCAGGCCGUGUUUGAGCUCAUGCGCACCUACAAGUUGCCGGGGUGGGACCUCGCCAACAGUGUCGUCCCGUAUGAGCGCGACGACGACGAGCCGAGGGCGGCGAAGAAGGCGGCUGAUAAAAAGCUUAAGAAGGAGGCGAAUGGCGAUGGUGGAGGAGAAGAGAAUGGUACAGGGGAGGAGAGUGUGAGUGCCGAGGAUUUUGGCAUGGGAGGGCCAGAGAAUCGCGUGUACUGGCCAGCGGGCAUGGAGGAGUGGCUGAAGCCGAGGAAGAAGACCAGCGGAAAGGAUGCGAAACAAGAGGACGCUGAACGUCUCUCAUUAAUAUGCGACUUGAAUUUGAAUACAUGCUUCUUAUUUAUUCUAAAGUUCCAAGGCUUUAUUUGGGAGACAAGGCAUCGAAUAGCGAUGGCUUUUUUUCAAAUAAUCAUGGCUAUCCAAUUGGCGCCAUUUUUGGCCGUCGUCUUGGCUCUCAGCCAAGCGGUCGCCGGCCUCAACUUGACCUUUACGGGCAACUGCUCCGAGAGCACCCGCAAGAGCAGGCUGGCCGACGUCCGCAACAUUGCCUACUACAACGCCACGGGCACCACAAACUUCACCGCGCGCGCCGUCUCCGGCAACGACGAGCCCUGGUACUACUACCUGACGCUGCAGGACGGCAGCCAAAACGGUGGCCGAACGUCCUUUAUCCACCGCUGGCUCGGCGUGCCGGGGUCGUUUCUCGACAGCGACCAGGGUAACAGCACGAGCUUUUGCAUGUACACGUCGGGCGGCUACGACAAGAGCUUGAAGAACAAGCAAGGCAACGACACGUGCGAUGGCGUCUUGUCGAAGAAGUGCAUCAGGGGGUUCAAUGAUGACAUUGCGAGCCGGGCGACGGAUGGUUGUGCGUCACUAGAUCCGGACGUCAGUGACGAAUGCGAACUUUCCGCUUCCACAGGCUCAGGCUCGCUUUCGAGAGAAAAGAGCUGUUUCCUCAGCAGUCUGCCCGGCGUGGACGUGCCCGAGGGCUACGGCGUCGUGUCGCUGGUCGGCGUCAGCUACGGCGACGAAAAGGAUCAAGGCACGCUCAAGGCGUACGACAGGGUGGUCAAGGAAUCAAUCGCCACGUUCUUCACCUUUGUCGAGAAUCAGGAGCAGAGUAAUGGUGUGGUCAUGUCCAAGGUGCUGGCGAGUCAGCCCGUGUGCGCCAUCCCCAACGUCGUGCAGGGCGAGAGCAGGCCGGUGGGGAGCGCUGGUGAAAAGCUGUCGCAGCCUGCGUGGAUUUCCUUGGCGUUGACGAUGGUGUUUUUUGUUUUGAGCACCGUGGUGGUUUAG